UUACACACCAAGUCACCAACUCAUAAUCAUAAUAGCUAGCUUAAGAGUGAGGCCAUGGCUAGUUCAAGAAGCACUUUGUACUUAGUAACUGUGUUCUGCUGCUUGUUUAAGGAGAGCUUUUCUUUCCAUCCAAAGCACCUGAACUUGUCACUCAGCGCCACCCAUUGGUCAUCUGCCGGAGCUACCUGGUACGGCAGCGCUGAUGGUUUCGGAAGUGACGGAGGGUCUUGUGGGUAUGGAGAUGUAGUUUCAAAAGCUCCAUUCUCUUCCAUGGUUACUUCAGUAGGUCCUUCUCUUUACAAAUCUGGCAAGGAAUGUGGAGCUUGCUAUCAGAUCAAAUGCACCAAACAUAAGUCUUGUUCCGGCAAACCAGUGAGGGUGAUCAUCACAGAUUCUUGCCUGGGUUGUGUCUCCGAAACUGCACAUUUCGACCUCAGUGGAACUUCAUUUGGUGCCAUGGCACUUCCCGGUCAAGGCGAGGAACUCCGUAAUGCAGGAAUGUUGGAAAUCCGAUUUGCACGUGUAGAGUGUGAUUAUUCAGGAAAAACCAUUGCAUUCCACGUCGAUGAGGGAUCAAACUCGAACUACUUUGCUGCAGUGAUCGAGUAUGAAGAGGGAGAUGGUGAUCUUGGCGGUGUUGAGAUGAAGGACGCUUCCUCAUUGGACAGUGUUGGUGGCGAGGAGUGGCGUGCCAUGCAACAAUCUUGGGGUGCAGUGUGGAAGCUUGAUGCAGGCUCAGCACUACACCCUCCGUUCUCGAUAAAAUUGACUUCCCAGUACUCCGGCCAGACCUUGUUGGCUAAAAAUGUGAUUCCGAGUGGUUGGAAGCCUGGUGCUACCUACAGAUCCGUGGUCAAUUACCUUUGAGUCUAUGACCAAGUCUGAAGCCAUAUAUAGGAUAUGAAGUACUAUUAUAAGAUGAGCUAAGAAAUAUAUGUAGUGUAACCUAAGAGCAGAAAAAUGGAAGGAUUUAAGCAGUGUGAUCCUCAAUUUCUGCAUAUUCUAUGAUGUAAUCAUAACUGCGUAGAAAUCAGCAGUUUAUGAUCUUCAGUAUUAUCACCUG